UUUCACAUUAGUUGAAGUUGAGAAGGGUACAGUACAGUAUCGGAUCUUGACUCGUCAUAAUUUGUAGUCAACUUUUCUGCCGGAGAAAAGCUGCAAGCUACAGGUUGGUGACUGAAACAAAGGAACUUCAUUUGGCAAGGAGCUGUAAAUUGGGGGAGGUGAAUCGGGGAUAAGACAACAUGAGUGACCGUUUUGACUGUGGCGAGUGCAAGGAGUCCCUGUACGGACGCAAAUACAUCCAAGUGGAGGACGUUCCCCACUGUAUCCCCUGCUAUGACCGCCUGUAUGCCAACACAUGUCAGGAGUGUAAGGAGCUCAUCGCACACAAUGCACGGGAGCUGUUCUAUGAGGACAGACACUACCACCAACACUGUUUCCGUUGUUUCCGCUGUGACCGCUCCCUGGCGGACGAGCCCUUCACCAGCCAGGAGGAGGCGCUGCUGUGCAAUGAUUGCUAUUGCAAUGAGUUCUCCUCCAAGUGCGUGGCCUGCGACAAGACCGUCAUGCCAGGCUCAAAGAAGUUGGAGUAUGAGGGCUCUGCAUGGCACGAGAACUGCUUUGUGUGCCAUGGCUGUGAGAAGCCCAUCGGUGCCCAGUCCUUCAUCCCAGACAAAGACCACUACUACUGUGUACCGUGCUACGAGGGCAGGUUCGCACCGCAAUGCAGCCACUGCAAAAAGGCGCUGGCGACAGGGGGUGUGAGCUACAAGGAUGAGACGUGGCACAAAGAGUGUUUCGUGUGCACGGGAUGCAAGAUCCCACUGGCCGGCCAGCCCUUCACCUCCCAGGGAGACACGCCCUACUGCGUCAAGUGCUUCAGCAGCAUCUACGCACAGAAGUGUGCCUCCUGUAACUCGCCCAUCACAGGGUUUGGCGAGGGGAAGUAUAUUUCUUUCCAGGAUCGUCAAUGGCACCAGCCCUGCUUCAAGUGCUCCCGCUGCUCCGUCUCUCUGGUUGGGGCCGGCUUCUUCCCCGACCGAGACCAGAUCCUGUGUGGAGACUGCAACAACGACCAAGAAGACCAAUGAGAAUCACUGUCUUCGUCCUUCAACUGCACCUGACCAAUCACAAAUGUACAGUAAUAGCUAUCAAGUUAGUAACACAGUAGUGUCCACUUCCAGGUUUGUUAACAUAUACAGUACAGUACAGAUGCAUCUAAACCUCAACAUAUUAAAGAAAACACUAAAUUUUAUACUACAUCACCUUAAAUAUAUUUAUAUAAAUAUAUAUAUAUCUUUUUUUAAAUCAGUGUUGCAUGUAUUCUAUGUUGUUAACCUGCCUUUACAACAUAAAGCACAUUGAAAUGUAUGUUUAAAGCCAGCAAAUAACACAAGUAUGAUGUGGCUAAAGCUUUUCCUCUUGUAAUUUUGUAAUAUAUUUUUGCACAUCAACAAAUACAUUAAAUAUAUUUUUUUCCUAAAGUUUCGUACAUAUUAAUGCACCUGACCUGAGCUCUACUGAAAUAUGGUGUUAAUGAUGCACAUACAGUGUGAACUAAAUAUUUUAAGUGCCUUAACAGCUGUAUUUGUUUGCAGCUAUAUCAAAAAUUAUUAAAAUGUUGUCAGAGCUCAGCUUGUCAAUUAUAUUAAUUAUCUUUCUUUUUUACUAUCGCCUUUGUAUUCUUUUAUAUAAACCAAAAUGGCCUUUCUUGCCUUGUUUCUGUAUGCUGUAUUGUAACUAUUGUGUAGUGUUACAACUCUAAAGCAAUAAAGCGUAAUUUAUUUACUGUAAUAAUAACACAACUGGAUCAGAAUACUGUAUUUGUUAAGAUUAAUAUAUUGUAUUUCUCAAAAUGGGCCAAAAGAAACCCUUCAUAAGGCUUCUUUGCGGUGUGUAUUGUCUUCUGAUGAGAACAGCCUUCAGACUUCUGCGUACAUUGCACAUUACUUUCCUUAUUUAACCCCUGGUGUGAACAGAUUGAAUCAUUUUUACGUUGGUUGUGCCAGUGUGGUGGUGCCCAGUGGCCACUCCCUGGAAUUCAGUGAAGAUUCAGGCAGACCAACACAAAACGCAUUGUAGCGGAGGACAAAGGUACAAACUGUCCCCAAAAGGCUGAUUGAAUCUUUAUUCAGAGUGGAAUGUAGUUUUCCUCAAACUGCUCAAUGACUUGCUAAAGCCACUUUUUGAUAAUGGUCUGUAAAAGGCUUUACACAGUCUACGCAACGGAUCCGACAGAGGUUCGUUUGCGUAGCUCUCUACAUAGUUCUACAUACUGUUGUGCUGUGGAGAGCCCUUUAAGCAUGGCACUAUGAAAAAAAUCCCAUUCCCUCCAUAUGUACCUCACAAGACUACACAGAGAACAAAAAGUAGCUGGCCUUUUAAACCGAGUUGUUUCUACAGUUAAAAACAGAUAUGUUGGGUCACGUGAGGUCGAAAGCAAGACACAAGACUGUUCACACAUUAAUACAGGAUUGACAGCCCUAUGUGUGUAGUAAGUUGAACUGAAGUUCACAGGAAGUGAGGGGCUAUAACCUCUGAAGUCACAAGUGCAUGUGCUUGAGGAUCCACCCCUCUGAGACCAGCAGACCGGUGUCAACACCCAGGUCAAUGCAGUGUGUAUGCAUCAGUCAAGAAUGGGGCUGAUAACAAAGACUUACAUAUGCAUGAUUCCCAUCUACAUGAAUUCCAGGAACUUACUUAUAGAUAAUAGUAAUAGAUUAAAAUGCAUCUCUUGUUCAAACCAGUACAUGUGUUUUGUGUCCAUGCAUUUGACCCAUGUUGAAGAGCACACAUUUUAAAUACCAACUGUGACACAAGCUUGAUUCUCAUCUCAUCAAAAGCCUAUCAGAUGAGAUCAACAAUCUAUAAAAAAAAUAAAAAA